GGCUCAGCGCGUAGUAGCCGCGCCGGGAGGCCGCGAUGAGCGACAUGGUGGAGAAGACGCUGACCGCACUGCCGGGGCUCUUCCUGCAGAACCAGCUGGGAGGGCCUGCGGCCUCCAGAGCACCCUUCUUCUCCAGGCUGGGCGGCCUCAUCCGCGGCGUCACUGCGCUCUCGUCCAAGCACGAAGAAGAGAAAUUAAUCCAGCAGGAACUGAGUAGUCUGAAGGCGACUGUUUCUGCUCCUACUACAACACUGAAAAUGAUGAAGGAAUGUAUGGUGAGACUUAUAUAUUGUGAAAUGCUUGGAUAUGAUGCUUCUUUUGGUUAUAUACAUGCAAUCAAGUUGGCCCAGCAAGGAAACCUCUUAGAAAAAAGAGUGGGUUAUUUGGCUGUUUCUUUAUUUCUACAUGAAAGUCAUGAACUUUUGCUUCUCCUUGUGAAUACAGUGGUAAAGGACCUGCAGAGCACUAAUCUGGUAGAAGUGUGUAUGGCACUUACUGUUGUCAGCCAGAUUUUCCCUCGAGAAAUGAUUCCAGCUGUUCUUCCAUUAAUAGAAGAUAAACUUCAACAUUCUAAGGAGAUUAUACGAAGAAAAGCAGUUCUGGCAUUAUACAAAUUUUACCUCAUUGCCCCUAAUCAAGUACAGCAUAUCCAUACUAAAUUUCGGAAAGCACUUUGUGACAGAGAUGUUGGGGUCAUGGCUGCCUCUUUGCAUAUAUACCUUAGGAUGAUUAAGGAAAAUUCAUCUGGAUAUAAAGAUCUGACUGAGAGUUUUGUAACAAUUUUAAAGCAAGUGGUGGGAGGAAAGCUCCCAGUUGAGUUCAGUUACCACAGCGUGCCAGCGCCAUGGUUACAGAUUCAGCUCUUGAGAAUACUGGGGCUGCUGGGAAAGGACGAUCAAAGGACAAGUGAAUUAAUGUAUGAUGUUCUUGAUGAAUCCUUACGAAGAGCCGAGUUAAAUCACAAUGUCACUUAUGCUAUUCUGUUUGAGUGUGUGCACACAAUCUAUUCUAUUUACCCUAAAUCAGAAUUGCUUGAGAAGGCCGUCAAGUGCAUUGGAAAGUUUGUUCUGUCACCCAAAAUAAACCUCAAGUAUUUAGGACUGAAGGCUCUUACCUAUGUUAUCCAGCAGGAUCCUUCUCUGGCUCUUCAACACCAGAUAACCAUAAUUGAAUGCCUAGACCACCCUGAUCCCAUUAUUAAAAGAGAGACUCUGGAACUUCUUUACAGAAUUACAAAUGCACAAAAUGUAAUAGUUAUUGUACAGAAAAUGCUUGAAUAUUUGCAUCAGAGCAAAGAAGAGUAUAUCAUCAUCAAUUUAGUUGGCAAAAUAGCUGAGUUGGCUGAGAAAUAUGCUCCUGACAAUGUGUGGUUUAUUCAGACAAUGAAUGCUGUGUUUUCAGUGGGAGGAGAUGUAAUGCACCCUGAUAUCCUCAGUAACUUCCUGAGACUGCUAGCAGAAGGUUUUGAUGAUGAGACAGAAGAUAAACAAUUAAGAGUCUAUGCAGUUCAGUCUUAUCUUACUUUACUAGAUAUGGAAAAUACUUUCUAUCCACAGAGAUUUCUUCAAGUUAUGAGUUGGGUGUUAGGAGAGUAUUCCCACCUCUUAGAUGAAGAAAGUCCGGAGGGAGUUAUAAGCAGGCUGUACAAGUUACUUAUGAGUGACUCCAUUUCUUCAGAAACAAAGGCCUGGUUGAUUGCCGCAGUGACCAAGCUGACGCCCCAGGCACGUUCUUCUCAUGUAGUUGAGAAAUUAAUCCAGGAAUUCACGAUCUCUUUGAAUACUUGUCUGAGACAGCAUGCAUUUGAAUUGAAACAUCUGCACGAAGAUGUAGAGCUUAUGAAGAGCUUGCUUCAAGGUGCUCAGACCUGUGAAGACACAGUGGUGGAUGCUUCUUUAUCUUUUCUGGAUGGUUUUGUGGCUGAAGGGCUCAGUAAGGGAGCAGCACCUUACAAGCCCCAUCACCAGCGCCAAGAGGAACGGCUUUCUCAGGAAAAAGUUCUCAAUUUUGAACCCUACGGACUGUCGUUUUCUUCAUCUGGUUUCACUGGACGGCAGUCUCCUGCUGGCAUUUCUCUGGGCUCAGAUAUAUCAGGAAACAGUGCUGAAACGGGACUGAAAGAGACAAGUAGCCUGAAGCUGGAAGGCGUAAAGAAACUAUGGGGCAAAGAGGGCUAUCUCCCCAAAAAGGAGAGUGGAACUGGGGAUAAGUCCGAAGUGCCGCAUGUUCCUGGAGAGGGUGCCACCACGGAGAAUGUAGACCAAGCCACAACCAGGAAGGACCAAGCUCAAGGCCUUGUCCAGUCUACAGAGGAGAAAGAAAGGCAGCUGUUGGCCUCCUCAUUAUUUGUUGGGCUUGGACCAGAAAAUACAAUCAAUUUGUUGGGAAAAGCAGAUGUCGUGUCUCACAAGUUCAGGAGGAAAUCAAAAUUCAAAGUAGCCCAAAAUGACAAGACACCCAGUGCUCCUAACCCUACCUCCUCCACCUUUAGCUCUGUAUCAGCCGUGGCCCACGGGGAUGAUGACUGUCUGAAUACUUUAGGUAGAGGAGACACUGAACUCAGUCCAGAGCUGUUGGGUUCCGAGUCUCUCUCGGAGCUGCCCUCAGUGGACAAACUCUCGAGUGUCAGCUUGCCUGCACCCUCUUUGUUUGCUGACAACAUGGAAGUUUUCCACCCCUCUUCAUCCUCUGCAGCUCCAGCUGUCAAGGAAAUCCAUUUAGCUUCUUCGUUGGAAGAAACUCCUGAGUGUGGGCGUUCAAGUCUCAUGGAAAUCUGUAGUAAUGACACAGUGUCUGUGUCUUCUUACAAAAUCUGGAAGGAUGAUUGUUUAUUGAUGAUCUGGUCACUCACUAGUAAGACUGAUUCAGAAUUGACAAAUGCUAAGUUAGAAAUUUUUCCUGUGGAAAACUUCAAGAUUAUUGAGCAACCUGGAUGCUGUUUGCCUGGGGUGGAAACAGAAAGCACCAAAUCCUUUCAGUAUGGUGUGCAGAUGGAAAGCCCAUCUGUAGAGGGGACUCUCUCUGGUUUUAUAAAUUAUCAGAUGAUGGAUACACAUUCUGUUCGGUUGGAAUUUUCCAUGAACUUAUCAUUAUUAGAUUUUAUUAGACCAUUAAAGAUCUCAACUGAAGACUUUGGCAAACUCUGGUUAUCCUUUGCAAAUGAUGUGAAGCAAACUAUAAAAAUAUCAGAGUCGCAAGUCGCUUUGGCUUCUGUCCUAACAGAACUGCAGCAGAAACUGAGACUUCAUGUGAUUGACGUCAUAGGCAAUGAAGGGCUGUUGGCAUGUAAGCUGCUGCCGUCAACCCCCUGUGUCCUGCACUGCCGAGCGCACGGUGACGCAGUCGCCCUGUGGUUCCGCUCCUCCUGCUCUGUGCUUUCUGACUAUUUAUCCUGUCACUGUCAAAAGCUGAUGGAGACAUCCUAGCAAAGCUCUGUUCAGUCUUACUUUUUCACAUAAGUGGUUUACAUUUAUAAACUUACCAAAGUAAAAAGAACUCAUGGUACUUCUGAUGAAAAUGGGGAUUAUUGUAAGUUUUGGUUUAUGUUUUUUUCUUCUUGAUUUCUGAUAAGAAUGAUCCCCCAAGAAACUGUGUCACUAAUUUUUUUACUCAGGAUUGUACAGUAUGUUUGGGUCCCCCCAAAUGACCUGAGCUAAUGUUAUAAAAUGCUAAUGAUAUUUGUAUAUCACUGAAUGUGGAGGGACUGAAGAUAUUUAUUUUGUUAUAAAUGUUUUAUAGCAGGUUUAUUCUAGCACUAACUGAUUUCUAAUAAAGCCGGGACUCAGUUCUCUGCACUGAUGCAGGCAGCACCUGAGAUUGGCUUUGGAAUGCGGUGUUGGUUGUGGGAAACUUGGUGCUCUCAGUUAUGUUUUUGCUUAGGUCAGCCUUACUCAGAUGGCCUAGCCUAGACUAACGGUUGCAGGAGAUCCGUGAGCAUGCUGGGUAUGGGCAGAUCCAAUCUGCGCUUUUUUACUUUUUAACUUGUUAUACUUAAUUUUAAGUGAUUUGGCCGUAAAGUAUGUCUGUUUGCUAUUAGAUCCUUUUGGCAAUUAAAUUUUGUGACCAUAAUAUAAAUGGCCAAUUGACUUUUCCUGGCUCUUAAAACUACUAGUAUUCAGUGGAUGUAGCUGCAGUAGUAACCAUGUAAAUAUAUCGUUUUCAUGUUAUAUUUGUGCAUAUACGGCCUCUCUGUUAGUAAAAGAAGAUGUUGUGCCUAGUAUGUAUGAUGGGCCAAAAUCUUGAGAUUGUCUAUUAACUGAAAUAGUAUUUUAUAAAAAACUUAUGGUGCUGUGGGAAAUAUUUAUUUUACCCUUUCUGGUACUUCACCAUUGAAACUAUUCAGGUAAUACAACCUUUAAGUCAUUAUAUUAACUAGCUCAUAGGACUGGUUAUCACCCAGAUCAGGCACUCUGGUUUUAGGUUGUCUCAAUACUUGCCGAUAACGAUGCUAAGAGUAUUCUACGGAGCUAGGAGAUCUCAGUCAUCUGUAGUUAGAGCAAAACAAAAGUAGUAUUUUUUAAUUAAUUUUUAGGUUAUUCAUUUUAAAAUGUAAUAUUUUGUUAAUUUCUCUUUAAAAACAUGCAGUUAGCUGGGCAGUGGUGGCACACACCUUUAAUCUCAGCACUUGGGAGGCAGAAGCAGUAGGAGGUCUGAGUUCAAGGGCAGCCUGGUCUACAGAGCAAGUUCCAGGACAGCCAAAGCUACACAGAGAAACCCUGUCUUGAACCCCCCUCCCCCCCAAAAAAAACCCACAAUAAAUAAAUAAAUAAAUAAAUAAAUAAAUAAUAAAUAAAUAAAUAAAUAGAAGAUGUGCAGUUAAACCUUGCCAAAAGAGCAGGUGACUAGUAUUUCCUGCACGUCUGGUUUCUCCCUUUGAGUAGAAAGCCUGAGGCGUGAUCAGACUCAGCACUUUGAUGGUGAAGGGAUUCUGAAGCAGCCAGCUUCAUUAACUUCCCUUUAUUGUUGCCUUUCAGCAGCCAUGCCUGCUCCUUAGCCUCACUCUCACCUGGACAGAACAGGGCAGCGUUUGGUCUAGCAGAUUCUCCUUCUUGGUGUAUUCUUCAUGUGGCCAUUGAGGUUGGGUCAGGUAUGGAGCAGUGUGAGUAAGGUAUCUAAAAUCACAGGGACAGCUGUCUAAAGAGAUCAUAGUUUUGUUUUGUUUCUGCUGCUUUGUUACCAGGUAUGUUCAGAGAGCAGCAGUGAUUGUCACAAGAUAUGCUUGGCCACAGAGCUGUCUAAUAGUGCAUGUGUAAUGGUAGGUUUGAGGUUCAGGUAUAAUUUAGAUCUGCCAAAGGGAACAUAGUGUCACUUUUGAACUCAGUAAAUACGAUGUAAGGUAACAGGGUUUCUGCUGUAAUGUUUAAUAUGAUGUUUACAACGGUUUUGAUUUGAAAACUAAUAAUAGAAAAGAGUAUAUAUUUAAAAACUUUGGACCAGUAUAGAGUCUAUCUAAACUCAUUGAAUUAUGUUGUGAAUCAGGCAUUAUCAGCCUUUUUGCAUUGUAGAGAUAUGAUCAUAAAGUAGGGAGAAUUUUAGAUCUAGUCUCUUUACUUUAUAAUCACAAUUCAGCCAAUGUGGGUAACACUUGGGAGAAGGUGGACUAGCUCUUUGUGCUAGGAUGGGGUGGCAGCAGGUACGAGGCUAGAGACAAAUACAGGAAAACAGGAAGAGCUGGAAGGAAGUAGCCAGGCUCCCCAAGAAUCAUCCCCAGGAGAUCAGCAGAAAGGCUCCUCGGGGUGUGAGAGGACCCUGUGUUAGUCCUGCUGGAGAAACUGUAGGAGAAGCUGAGCAGUUAAAGAGCGCUCAUGUGCCAAGCUUGCCAAACACAGCAUAUGCUCUGCAGGUGAGUGUUAACAUUCUUCCAAAAGCUCUUCCAAAUUGACUGUGUGAAAGUGCAGUAUUUUCAUUUCAUUUUACUGUCUUCCAUCUUAUUUUCUGUGGAUAAACAUGGUCUUUGUCGCAUGGUGACCCACUAGAAGUGCACUGAAUCUCCUCAUGUGUCUUUAAGCUGUUUUCCUCGUCAGGAUUUUAGGAGAGAGUGAAUAAUAACUUAAUAUGCAUUUUUUUUACUUUGUUUUGGCAUUGAACUCUGUAAUUUUAAAAACUUCAAUUGAAUGUAUAAUAAAAAUGUAUCUAUGCUUU